CGCUCGCCCUUUUUUAGCCAACGACACUUUCUCCUCCUUCCCAUCCAAUGGACUCCCGGGUAAGAAACUACCAGGGGGACCACAACAUCACCAUAGCGUCCGAUUCGGCGUCGGAUGCAGACGGUCCCUACUAUUCUCAAAGCUAUUCUUCAGCCAACGAAAAAUACGACUCAUUUCGACAGCGAAGAAGAGAUGUGAACAGGCAUAAUGGCCAAUACAAACAUUACAACGAAGAUUUGGAUUUGGGAGUAGAUUACGACAACAGCUAUGUGAAGGCGGCCCGAAAAAGAACCGCAUUGGAGGAACAGAGUCGAAAACGAGACCUCAAAAUUGCUCUCGCCCUGACUGUAUGGGCAUGUUACAUUCGAUUGUGGAAGAUCUGGCAACCGUCUUCAGUGGUGUUCGAUGAAGUCCACUUUGGAGGUUUCGCAAGCAAGUACAUCAGAACGAGGUUCUUCAUGGAUGUGCAUCCACCGCUAGCAAAAAUGCUAAUUGCAUUAGCCGCCAAAUUGGCCGGUUUUGAUGGUGGUUUUGAUUUCAAGGAUAUCGGAAAAGAUUAUCUUGAGCCGGGAGUCCCGUAUGUUCCAAUCAGACUGUUCUGUGGUCUUUCUGGCUUAUUGGUUGUGCCAGUGGCGUACAUGACCAUUAGAGGGUCAGGUCACUCUAUCGCUGCUGCAUUAUUGGCCGCUUUCUUCGUGUGUUAUGAAAAUGGUCUGAUCGCCAACAAUCGUCUUAUUUUGCUCGACCCGCCGUUGCUAUUCUUCACCUCCGCCACCAUACUUAUGUGGGUCAACUUCCACAACCAAAAGAACCGUCCUUUUCAGUUCUGGUGGUGGACAUGGCUGGCUAUGACAGGCGUCGGGUUAGGAUUGACAGUGAGUUGCAAGUGGGUCGGUCUGUUUACCAUCGCUACCAUUGGAUGUAGCACCAUCAAAGGUCUUUUGGACAUCUGGGCCAACGUACGGAUCCCCAUUCAUGAGUUCAUACGUCACUUCAUGGCUCGGGCUGUGUGUCUCAUUGUUCUUCCCCUCGUUAUUUACAUGCUGAUGUUCGAAAUUCACUUCAUUUCGCUACCCAAUACUGGUGAAGGCGAUGGAUUCAUGAGCCCUGAAUUCCAGCAAACAUUGAGCGGCCACGCUAUGGUGGACUCCCCUGUCGAUAUUGCUUACGGAUCCAAAGUUUACAUUCGUCACAUCGAGACCCAUGGAGGUUACCUCCAUAGUCAUCCCCACAACUACCCUACUGGAAGCAAACAACAACAAUUGACUCUAUACCCUCACAAGGAUGACAAUAACUGGUGGACAAUCACCAAGCAGUACGGUCAAAAUCCUACGGAAAUCGAAUGGGUUCAGAACGGUGACAUUGUUCGUAUCGAACACACUUCAACCAAUAAGAGACUUCACUCGCAUGAUGUUCGACCCCCUAUGACAGAUGUGGAUUACCACAACGAAGUGAGUUGCUAUGGUACCAGCGAACUUGACUUCCAAGGAGAUGCCAAUGAUUUUUGGCGGGUCCAGAUUUUGGACCACGACAAGCGGGAUCCUGAGGCACAACAUCGACUUCGUACCUUGAACUCCAAAUUCCAACUUGUGCAUGUCAAUACCAAUUGUGCCUUGUUUUCACAUGGCGUCAAGCUGCCUGAAUGGGGCUAUGGUCAACAAGAAGUCACCUGCAUCAAGGACGGAAAGAAGCCAAAAACAAUGUGGUACAUUGAGUCAAGUGAAAAUGAAAACUUGCCUGAGGAUACUGAAUUAGUCAACUACCGAAAACCUGGAUUCUUUAGCAAGUUCGCCGAACUUAACCAAGUCAUGUGGAACACCAACAAGGGGCUCACAGACUCUCAUCCUUAUGAUUCCAGACCCCAGCAUUGGCCAUGGCUGCGUCGUGGUAUCAACUUCUGGGGUGGUGGCGAGCUUCAUCGCCACAUUUACCUUCUUGGUAAUCCGUUGGUGUACUGGUCCUCUAGUGCAGCCAUCGCAUUGUAUCUUGUGUCCAAGGUUCUAUGUCUGUUCCUCGAAAAGCGAGGUAUUAACAUCGAGAUGGGAGGCCUACGCAAGUUUUACGAUGAGUCGGCUGGAUUCUUCUUUAUAGGAUGGUUGCUGCAUUAUACCCCAUUCUUUUUGAUGGGCCGUCAACUCUUUUUGCAUCAUUACAUGCCCGCCUUGUAUUUUGCUAUCCUUGCCCUUGCUGUUACUUUCGACCUUGCCACGAUUCGUAUGCCGAACCGACGACGCAUCAUGGUAGCCUCGGCUGCUAUCAUGGUCAUUAUCUUUGCAUACCGUCAAUUUAUCCCUAUCACUUACGGUGAGCCUUGGACACAGUCCAAGUGUGAAAAUGCAAAGUGGCUAAAGACCUGGGACUUUGACUGCAACCAGUUCUACACUGAUUAUUCCAUGUAUAACCAACCUAUUGCGUUUGGCGAUAAGCUUCAAGGCGCUGUCAAGAGCUUUUGGAAUAAGAACCAGCAGCUUAUGGAUCCUAAAGAUGAGAUUGCUGCCGAAGUAGCCGAUGAUGUCAAUAUCGCCACAGAUGCAGCGGACGAAGCUGAGCAAGAUAGAGGCCAGGAAGCUGUCCCCUCCGAGGCUUCUACAUCUUCUGAAGCGAUCGAUGUUGAGGCUAUCGCACAAGAUGCAUUAGACGAUAUGGCAGGGGCGAACGAAGCCGAUGGAGAGGAAGUGAUCUGAUGAUGCCUUUUAUCAUAGACAAAAGAAAAAAAAAAAGUUCUUCAUUUAUGAAGAUCACCCCAAGUUAUCCUUCAUACAGUACGAAGCAAAA